AUGGCUUCCAGAAGGGCAUCCCGUAACGAUGAUGGUGAGGAUGUAGCCAAGGAGGAUGGCAAUGAGAACGAAGACCCGAUGGCGGAUCAACUCGAUGACCCGUUAUUCGAAGACGUUCAGGUUCUCGACUAUGACUGGAGCGACCCCGACAGUGAUCCAAGCCAUGAGCAGCCUGAUGCACCUGAGCACGUAACUCAGCCGAAAGGAAACAAAUCUCCAGCGUUGUUCAACUGUCGACUGCUGGUGUUUCUGCGUGAAUUUAAAGGUCAGUCCUUCGGAGCUCAUAUUGCACACUGGAAUGUAGAUGGAAAGUCGCUCAAUGACUUUAAGACGAAAUUAUGGGAGCUAUGCAGACCACAUCUACUUCGAGAAGUAAUUUUUAAUCAGCAAGACGAUGGAAGCACGGUGCCAGCAUGGAUGGAUAAGGAUUCUCCGGAAGAAGAAGAUUUGGUGAGGUUUGCCAUUUUUUACGAGAAACAAAAUCGUAAGUACACUUCGCUGGACAAACUGACCACCACGUUGCUUCAGAACUGGAAAGGAAAAGAAAUUCAGCUGCUGUUGCAUGUUUAUUUACUGUCCGUAAGUUCCCGUAAGAUUUUCAAUUCAGUGAAGCAACAUUUGAUUGACCCAUCUGAGCGCGAUAAGGCAGGAGCAGCCUCAACCCAAGUGGUCGUCGAUUUAUCUAAGGAUUUGCGUCAACGACAUGGUCAUCUUUGGGAUGGACACGAAAUGGCAUGGACAAUGCUAGUUCAUCUCUUAAUGUGGGCAUCAGCCAUACUUGCUUCGCCAGCUCAUACGAGUGAGAACAUGAUUAAUUCAGUUCCUCCAAAGCAUCUGCAACAUCUUUUCAGAACACAGGACGGUCCGAAAAUUGAAAGUGUGAAGCGUGGGUUGGCUGUAGCUCACAAUGUAAAUGCGUCGUUUUGUGAAGAGAUCACAGCGCUGAAGGAAGCGUUUUCCUCACUUGAGGUGGUAGCCAAGAAUAUGCAGCUACAACUUUCAUUCGUGAAGCAUCGCAUCGAAGCAUUGGAGCAGCGUGGACGCAUGAGUGAUUCAUUCAUAAGUGCGAUGGAAACUUCAAUGGAAGUUUCCGAAGGAGAGUUCAGUCGACAUAUUGCUGGACAGGUAGUUGACAUGGAGGAUGUAGACCACGAAUAA